CCUCUACCCUCCUCACUCAAUAACGGUACUCUCCUCCUACCCCCUCCUCCACCGCCCAAAAUCUCCCUCUACCCUUUGCCCUGCCCCGCCGUUAACCCAGGAAAAAAGUAAAAAGGAGACAGAGGGAGAAGUGCCCUCACCCACCACCGUCUUGCAACCGCAAUAUUUAAAGGCCCUCCUUUCCCCACAACAACUCCGCCGACUGCUACGACUUCGCAUACGCAAAUGUCAGCUUGUCCGUUGGAGCAUGUCUCGGGAGCCUCGCAGUCUCCAAUCACUUCCUUUUGAGCGUCCUUGAUCUCGUUGUCUUUCUUCCUUUCUUUUACUUUUGCUUCUUGUGGAGAUGUCUUGUCCUCCCUCUUCCGCUUCCGCCCUAGCUCCCGUUCAACCGCAAAAUUAUUCUAUGGUCGACUCCAAGCUCCAGGAUGCGCAAGGAUCCACUACGGAUUCUUCCAUACCUGCUACCCAAGCUUGCGCCGAUAUCCCAACGCCAUCAAAUAUCGUCGGUGGAAUUACUCCUUCCUCUUCCUCUUCUUCUACCCAACUUUCGGAUCUUGAGGAUUCCACUCAAGCUUUGGCUCAGGCUGCCAAAUCAUCUCUUCCGAGCACGGAUGGUGUUACUCGGCUCCAGGAAUCCCUUAGCGGUCUCAAGCUCGAGAAGGACAUCCUCCUCUCCAAUGGAGGCAGUUCGUCUCGAUUAGCUGUGGAUACCCCACCCAUCGCAUUAGUACCCUCCAACGGCGAUGCUCCUAAUACUUCGCUCCGGGGGUCCACUUCUCAUGCAGAAGAUACCUCUUCUCAGCCUAGCCAUCUGGUACCCAGUGACGGAUACAAUUUGCUCAAGCGGCCAGUCGGCUCGGAUGGAGCUGAAACCUCACCCGUGAUAGUGGUAUCCUCACAAAAAUCAGCUUCGAUUCCACCUCCACCAUCGACACACGCGAGUGUGGAAAUGUUGAUAGACGAACCUGAUCAGCGCCUAUUGGACGCCCUUGAAAAUCAGAGAGAUCGUUUGUUCGUUAUCAAACUGGAGCAGGAUGUUAUCGAUUUUAUCGAGAAAAACAGCUCCGAUGUUUUCGACAUGCCACCUAUCAAUGCUUAUCACCGGCUACUCGCCCAUAAAAUGGCCGAAUACUACAGACUUACUCAUGUCGCAGAUACUAGUGGCACAUCUGUUCGCCUCUACAGGGGGCAGUUUGCCAGGAUGCCGCCGGUACGGCUUUCGGACAGGCGUCCUCCGAAUGCAAUGCCCGGCCCUUCAGCGGCGAAUGGGACAAAGUCCAAUUUCAAGAUAAUGCAAAGAUCUACGUCGCACCGAGGAUCAGAUACCCCACCUGAGCAGCAAAACGGCAGUUUCCCCAAGAAGACUGCCUCAGAAAGUUCUUCCGGCGAUGGGUCAGCAAGAGCAACCACUCGCGAGGAGAGGGAGCAGGCUUACCAGGAAGCUCGAGCUCGCAUAUUUAAAGAUUUUGUUGAGUCUCCACCUGAAACACCAGCACCCUCUAAAUCGAACGAGAAGACGAGGAAGCAAGAAAAGCAGGACGAAUUCCAUGGGCGAUCCCAGUUUUAUCCUGUGCCAACUCCAGCACCUCCGGUUAACCCAUAUUGCUUUCCCCAAUACGAGGACCCCAGACUCCAAAGCCAAAACAAUACUCACAUUUCCGGGGGCUCACGAUUCAAUCCAAGCACUCCAAGCUUUAAUCCCUCCCCCUUUGUGCCUCCUCUAGUUAGCUUCACGCCUCCACAGCAACCUCAGCCGCAAUCAUUCAUGCCAACUCUCUCAAAUCGUCAUUUCCCGCCACAGGGGGAUAGAUCUUUCCCUACCCCUAACCAGGGCCAUGUCGGGCCAAAUAUGUUCCCCCAACAGCAACAACGCAAUGGAUAUUAUCCAGAACAAGGUGCGAACUUUCACAGCGGGAAUCCCCAACAGAGCUCUUUAAUGAUGUCCACCAAUUUCCCCAAUCAGCGUUUUGGCGCUCAACCCCCUCUUCAUGGUCAGCAUUCAGGUCCUCCCAUGGCUGCUUCUGUACCCACCACUGCCAACAGGCAUCCAUAUGCCAGCCCAUCCAAUUAUGCGGUUGGUAACCAAGCAUUGGGUAAUCAGAGGUUCCAUGUACCACAGCAGCAGCAACCCCUUAUAUCUGGGAACGGAUGGAGCGCUCCUCAAACUCUCAACGGGGGAAUCCCCAUGACCACGAGGUCGCAAUCCGCUCUUCCUGCGCUCGAUAGACCAACUCCGCCUUUUGGAGGGAUGCCAUACCAAAACCACCAACAAUCACAACAUUGGGGAGGCAAUUCUGUCGUGGGUUCAUCUGCGCCCAUAAACUUUCGACAGGGGCCGUUCGGAGGGGCAGGCGGUCCCGGAAUGCACGGACCGGUUGGUGGGGUGUAGUUUUACGAAGCGGGAGUUGUUUCAUAGAUUCGAGUAUCUCUUUCCUACAGAUAGCAAAUGUUUUGGCCUACCCCUGGAAAAAAACAAAAUGGCGGGGUUGGAGUUUGUCUUAUUUCAUACAUAGACGCGCCGCUUCAAAGCGAUAAAAUGAAUUGCAUGAUUAAUUCCUGUCUCAUUAGUCUUGCGAUGGCUUCAUGUUUGUACUUUAGUUAAAAAUUUCCCGCUCUUCUUAGUUCUCAUAUGAUUAGCUUUGUAGUGUAUUUCCUUCUGAAUUAAAACCCUAUUGAAAU